UCCUUUGCGAUUGGUGGCGGAAGGCUGCGCGCGCGCCCGCUCACGUUUCGCCUCCCUUUAUUUAUUUAUUUUUAUUUAAUUUAAUUUAUAUACCGCCCUAACUCCGAAGGCUCUCUGGGCGGUGUACAUAAAAGGCAGAGUUUGACAAAGCUGCAGAAGAAGUUAAGAAGCUGAAGUCGCAACCAACUGAUCAAGAAAUGCUGGACAUCUACAGCCAUUUCAAGCAGGCUACAGUUGGAGAUGUAAAUACAGAACGUCCUGGGAUGCUUGAUUUCAAAGGCAAAGCCAAGUGGGAUGCCUGGAAUUCUUUGAAAGGAAAGUCCAAAGAAGAUGCAAUGAAAGCAUAUAUAGCAAAAGUAGAAGAGCUGAAGGAAAAAUAUGAAAUGCAAUAAACUCCUUCCUGCAUGCCUUUGAAUGAAAACAUGCCUUACUCCUAAUACUGUGGAUGACUGAAACUGUAUUACACAGUAUGGCAGUGCCAAGACUUGAUGCCACUUUCUAGAAUAAAGCUGUGUAAAUUUACUUCUAAUGGUUUAUAGAAUAAAAACUUAUCAAAUUCACAAACAUAA